AUGGAUCUUAAUUUAAGUGAUGCUAUUAAUAUUGAUUCUAAUAAGAGACUAAAUGAGGGAGAUUCAACUACAGGUUUCACUCAUAGGACAAUAAAAGAUGCAACUGUUACAAAACGAGAAAAUCCAUUACACAAUUGUUUUUUGAAAUUACGAGAUGCCAUUAAAAAACCAUCUAAAGAUAUAAAUUUGGAUUCAGCUACAUCAAAAAAUCUUCUUCAUAAAAAGUCGUUAAGUAUUUUUCAAUUAGUUAUCAUUAUUAUUUCUUUCCUUCGUUUUGCG